CCUCCCCCUCCUCCUCCUGCUCCUCAUACCCUUCUUCCUAAACACUAAACGAUCCAACCUCCCCUUACCUCCAGGUCCCAAAGGCUCCCCCAUCGUCGGCAACCUCCUCCAACUCGGCCCCAAACCACAUCAAACCCUCUACAAGCUCUCCCAAACCUACGGCCCCUUGCUCCACCUCCGCUUCGGCCUCCACCACAUGAUCGUCGUCAACUCCGCCUCCAUCGCCUCCAAACUCCUCCGCAACGAUGCCAUCAUAUCCAGCCGUCCCACCAGCUCCAGCGUCAAACACCUCGCGUACAACCACCAGGAUCUCAUCUUCGCGCACUACGGCCCCCGAUGGCGGAUGCUGCGAAAGAUCUGCGCGCUCCAGCUGUUCUCGCCGAAGGCGAUGGAGGAUCUCGCUCCCGUGAGGGCGGAUGAGGUGGGGAGAUUCGUGCGGGAGUUGGCGGGGAAGGGGGAUCGGGAGGAGCUGGUGAAUCUGAGCGAGGGAAUAAGUGGGUGUGCGGCGGAUGCUCUGUCGAGGGUGGUGGUGGGUAGGAGGGUGUUUGGGGAUGGAGAGGAGAGCAGGGAGUUUAAGGACAUGGUGGAGGAGAUGAUGAAUCUGUCUUCUGCUUUUAACAUUAAUGAUUUUGUGCCCGGCCUUUCUUGGCUGGAUCUUCAGGGAUUGGUGGCGAAGAUGAAGAAGCUGCAUCGGAAAUUUGAUGAAUUUUUGGAUAGAGUGAUUGAGGACCAUAAAGCGAGGCUGACGGAGACUGCGGAUGAGGUCUCCGGCGGCGGCGGCGGUGGCCGUGGACGGCAUAAUGAUCUGCUAAGCGUGCUGAUAGAGGCGAAGGAGGAAGCGCAUGGGGAGGGAAUUACUCUCACUGAUGCAGACAUAAAGCCACUUUUACAAAACAUGUUCGCCGCCGGUACCGACACGUCGUCGAACACAAUCGAAUUCGUUCUCGCGGAGCUGAUCCGCCACCCCGACCUUCUCUCUCGCGCCCAACAGGAACUCGACAAUGUCGUCGGCCGCCGCCGCCUCGUCGCCGAAACCGACCUCCCCAACCUCCCCUUCCUCCAAGCCGUCAUCAAAGAGACCUUCCGCCACCACCCCGCCGCCCCUCUCUCCCUCCCCCGCAUCAUCUCCGAAGACCACCAGAUCGACGGCUACCUAAUCCCUAAGGGCGCCACUCUGCUCAUCAACAUUUGGGCCAUCGGCCGAGAUCCGAUCGCCUGGCCCGACGAAACACUGUCUUUCCGGCCAGAUAGGUUCCUCCCCGGCGGGCAACACGAGCGGGCCGACGUGAAGGGGAACGACUUUGAACUAAUUCCUUUCGGCGGCGGGAGAAGGAUCUGCGCCGGGAUGAAUUUGGGGAUGAGGAUGGUGCAGUUCAUGGCCGCAACUCUGGUGCACUCUUUCGAUUGGAGAUUGCCGGAGGGGCAGCUGCCGGAGAAGUUGGAUAUGGAUUUGAGCUUCGGGCUCACCCUGCACCGGACCGUACCGCUCAUGGUUCGACCGGUCGCCCGGCUUGAACCGGAGGCUUAUUUGUGAAGCGGUUGUGGACCGCUGUGGUGGUAUAAAUGUGGAGAAUUUAUUUAAAUACGGGAAGUUUUCAUGUCAUAAAUAAAGGGUGUUAAUUCAGUCAAUGCAAUUGGAGUUCAAUAAAUUGCAUGUCAUAAAGUUUCUAAUUUAGAGGCUAUGUGUGUAGAUACAUAAGGAUUUAGUGGCAUGCUUGUAAUUUUUUCCUUUUCGGGGUGGGGUUUUACAGAUGCAACGCAAUUCUUAUGAACUUUCGUAUCUAACACGGGAACUUUAAUUUUCUACAUUU